CCCCUUUGCCUCGCUCGUUCCUUCCCCCGUUCACUUUCAAUUUCUUCGGAUCCUAAAGAAACCCGAAUCCAGCCGUUAGAGCUCAGAUAAAAACAAAAAUGCUUAGGGUUUCAGGACGGAGGCUCGCUUCUCUCCCAUGGAGGCCGAGCGCUGCCGGGUCCAUAGUCUCGAGAAAUCCCAUCACCGGACUCGAUUCCUCGUCCACUGACGAUUCGAGAUCGGCCGCCGCGUCUCCUUAUAGAAUCGCAGUUGAAGCAGGGCUUUUCCGUUCGAUGCGAGGUUUUUCUUCUGAAACUCUCAUCCCACGGCAACCACAGGACCUCGGUUUAGCUGAUCUCCCUGCAACUGUUGCGGCUGUCAAGAACCCGACCUCAAAAAUUGUAUAUGACGAGUACAACCAUGAGCGAUUACCUCCUGGUGAUCCCAGCAAGAGAGCCUUCGCCUAUUUCAUCCUCACCGGUGGCCGCUUUGUCUACGCUUCACUCCUCCGCCUCCUUGUCCUCAAGCUAGUCCUCAGCAUGUCAGCAAGCAAAGAUGUUCUCGCUCUAGCCUCUCUUGAAGUCGAUCUCUCCAGUAUCGAACCAGGAUCAACUGUGACAGUCAAGUGGAGGGGAAAGCCAGUGUUCAUUCGGAGGAGAACCGAAGAUGAUAUUAAGUUGGCAAAUAGUGUUGAUGUGGGCUCGCUCCGUGAUCCACAAGAAGAUGCAGCUAGGGUAAAGAACCCAGAGUGGCUUGUCGUUGUGGGUGUUUGUACACACUUGGGUUGUAUUCCCUUACCAAAUGCUGGAGAUUUUGGGGGGUGGUUUUGCCCGUGCCAUGGAUCACAUUAUGAUAUUUCUGGAAGGAUUAGGAAGGGGCCCGCUCCGUUUAAUUUGGAGGUGCCGACUUAUAGCUUCUUGGAGGAGAACAAGUUGCUGAUUGGUUGAAUGGCAGUCUCGGGGGUGAUGAUGAUGACGAUGGUCUUUUCUUAGUUAUCUUUUGUUUCUAUAAACAAAACUGGUGUUUUCUUGCUUCUUUUAUUAAGAUUAAUUGGGUUAUCCGUCGCGUUCUACUAACUUUGGCGUCUCUGCUGGUUUGAUCUGAUACGUAUUUUCCGUUGGCUUUUAGGUAUGCGUACCUUUCUAUUGAUUUU